GUUACAAAAUGGCGACAAUAACAACAAAUGAUGUCCAAAUUAUCGGUUCUUUAAAUCGAGAUGAAGGACAUAAGAGACUUGCAACUUGUCUGGGUUGGAAGGCUUUUGACGAGGACUUUGACUUACGCAGCUCAAUAUUACUCGACUAUCUCUAUGACAACUUGAUGUUUGCUAUAGCCAAAGGAUUCCCAUGGUCUCAAGUUCUUCAUGUUUUGCAUCUUGUACUGGAUGUACAUAAUGACUCUAUAGGUAAAGAACUUGUAGAUGUGAUCAAAUGCUAUACGUCAAAAGCUGCACAAUUCUCUGACAGGAUUAGUGAAAAUAACAUAAAAAUAUUUACAACAAACUAUUUCUCAACAUAUUUGACCCACUAUAAACUUUACAAAUAUGUGUUCAGUGUUGAACAAGAACGGAACUUUUACAGCUAUGACUUACAAGUCGAUGUUCCCAUUCCUCCAUUACCUUUAAAAGACUCAAAAGAGCACAAUAUCUGGGAAUAUGAGAAAAAGAUAGCUGACAUUGAAGCAGUGGAAGAAAAAACUAAAGCAGAGAGAGGAUUAGACUUUGAAAAUACCAUUACUGAAGACCAUGAACUACUUAGUAAGACAUUUAAAGAAGGCUGUGUUCCAGGUGAUGAGGAAGAAAAUGCUGUCAAAAUUUCACGAGAGGCAAUAGUGAAGCUUAUCGCAGAUGCAGCUAAGGCACAUGCAACAGCCGCAACACACUCCAUUGUGGCAAACAUAGAAAGUGUGCUUGAAGACCUGGAGUUCAAGUUAGAGAAAACAAGUCUUCCAAGGCCUCAAGCAUUAGGACCACCCCCAAGGUUCCGGGGUAAGACUCCUCUUUCUAGGGCAAAGCAAGGAGGAAAGUCACCCUCGAGAGAGAAAUCACCAAAGAGAAAAGGCUCAGGCAGAUCCACUAAAAGCAAAUCAUAAAUACACUACGAACAAUCUCAACAUAGACUUUUGUACUUCAUUAUGAAUUCCAGACAAUAGAAAAACCAUAUCAUAUGAAAAAAUAUGUCAAAAACCAUACCAAGAACCAGCUUAAGACAUUUUGAAAUGGUAUAAUCUCAUUAAAAGCAAUCCAAUAUGAGGAAAUAGUUAAGACUAGACUAUGUAAUGUAAAAUAUCUUAAGUUUUGAACAAUAAACAAUCGUGGUUAUGUUUAUCUGUUGUGUGAAUCAAAACAGAAAUUAAAUAACAAUAAUAACAACAAAUAUCUCUUAUUAUCUAAAAAUAAAUUGACAAAGUCAAAGAUAGUGUUGUACAUGUACUUAUAGAUAGACAACAUGAUUUAUACCCUUAUACAUUUAUAUGUCAAAUUGAACUGUAAUUUGGACUUGUUAAAGUUGUUAGGUUCAUAAUAGAAAUCAUCAUCAUGGCCUAUCUCUCUUGCUUACUGUUGUUCUCAGUUGUUUAUGAUUUAAGAAAUAUAGAUAAAGGUCACUUGUUGAAAGUCAUAAAUUCUGGAAGAUAAAGUACCAUGUGAGGUAGAGCCUUGGACCUUAAAUGUUUGUUUAACAUAAUUUCUUGCAAAAUGA